UGCCGCCCAGAAAGUUAUUAUUUCAAAAUAAAUACCUACAAAAGAUAUAACACAUAAACAAAUUUCGAUUAAUUCAGACUUCAGAGACGUGCUAAUAAUUGGUAUACCAAGUGUUAACAAGGUCUUAUCAAAAUGGAGGCAUGGGAAAAUAUAUUAGAACACUUUCAACCUUUCUCUGACUCUAAAGAGUGUUUGCGGAUAUUAAAGGUUGCUGAAUUCACCCUGGAUAAAGAUUUAGCUAGAUUUGAACAAGACUAUGUUUUUAAAACUUUGUUUAAAGAACCAAUCUUGCUUAUUAAGCUAUUAAAAGAGAAAAAUUCUGAUCCAUCCUGGAGUAAAGUAAUCUCUGAUUGGUUGAAACUAUUGGCUAAUGUGGUUACUAAGUGUAACCUGGAUGAUGUGUACUUGAAAAUGUUGUCUGAACUCUGCACUCUACCAUAUGAUGCACACACUAACCAACAGGCAUUGAACUGCUUGACCUCAAUAGUAAAACAUUCAAACUAUGGUGUGGACAAUAUCACUAAACACUUAUAUGCUCUAGAACUUGGGACGUCGUGUAAAGCGCAGCUUGCUGUACUUGUAGGCACAAUAUGUAAACAUCAUCCAGAAAGAGUAGCAGAUAACAUAAAUACAAUAUGGAGAGUGUUCCUCAAUUUGUUUGAUAUUGAAAAAUAUUCUACACCAGUUAUUAAGGCAGUGCUCCAAAGCAUUGAAAAUAUGUUGGAACAUUUUGGCACUGAGCUACCUAUUAUAGAAUUGAACAUAUUUUACGAAAAGCUGAUUCAGUGUUUCGAUAUAGAACGAUGUGCUGAUGUUUGCGUGUCGAUACUGGGCAAAUAUGCAAGUCUGUUCCGAGAGCGACUAAACGAUCACAGAGUCCACGCCCAACUGUGGUCAAGAAUUGACAAUUUCACGGCGUGGGACACGCUCAAAGUCGUAUACCGAAAUAUGGAGAUAAAGAAACCUGAGGAAACAAUAAAACAGGUGAAGUUUUACGCGUCAUCAGACAACAUGAAACAGAAGUUGACAGCGCUCUCUUUACUACAAACUCUGCAAGAUCGAGAACUGCACGAAGGUCUAGAAGUAGGAGAAUACUUGGACGUAGCGGUGCUCGAGUUCAGAAUGCGCAAUGGCACUCUUACUCACGACUGCUGUGACGCUAUAUCGUGGUGUAUAGAAUCGCACGCGUACCACAGCGAGCGGCUCGCGCGCGUGGCGCUGGUGACGUAUGACGUCAUACCUGUCGGGAGGAAGCGACAGGUUGUACAGAGCAUACUUCAGUGCGCGCCGCAUAUGAGACAGGAUAUCAUCGAGUUUCUGCUAUCGGAGACUUGUAACAACCCCGAAAAGUUCACGCCGGUUUGGGACGACAUUUUGAACAAGGAUGCGACUGAACUCCGUUCUAACUUUCACGUACAAGCAUUUAUGGUCGGUGUUGUGAAAGCCAUAGGUGUGAUGCUGGAGAAAAUUGAAAAUUGGACGGACCCGCUCCCCGAGCACAUCUCGCUGCUGCGUUUAACCUGGUCUGUGCUGAGGGCGGAGCCCCGGGGCGGAGGGCGGAGUUUCGGCAGGGUGCUGCGGCGCUGCGCCCGCGCACAGUGCGAGGCGGUGCCCGCGGCGCUGCUAGCUAUGUACGCCGAGAGGGACCCAUUAGACAUCAGCGUGGAUCGCUUCACGAGCGAUGCAGCGCUGAUCAACUGCUGGAUAUCGCUAAUGCAAGUCUGGGACAUUGAAAUAUUUGACACGCACGAUAUAUUAAAAUAUUUACAGAUAAUUUUAAGCCACAAAAGUGUCGACGCAGCUACUGUAAAUCGGGCAAUCGAUUUCCUUCAGGAUUUCAUACUCCGUGGAAAGGAAUUUAUCUUAGAUGAAAAUAUCAUAGAUGAUAUUUACAGAAGAAUCCAUACGAUAGCUAGAAACAAGGUGGAGGACAAAGAGGGUAGGAUUCUGCGCAAACGUGCAAUCGAAUUUUUAGCAAAAUAUCGAAGGGUCACCGCCGACGGUAUAAGUCCGGAUGUGGUUUUGAUGACGUCCUUGAAGGAGAGCCUUUUUAUUAACGUGCCGGAAAACAAUGUGCAUACUAAGAUGGAUCUCAACAAAAUUCUAUACAAAGCACUUGUGGACGAUAACGAGAAUGCUCUUAAAGUUCUUAUGGAUGUAAUAUGCCAAAACUUGACGAUACGCAAGGAAUCGUUGCUACAGUCUGCGUUGUACAGGGUGCUAUCUGCUCUUUCGAGUUUUUCUAUGAAUUGGGACACCUUAAAGUACUACAUGUCUCAUUGUGAACCAAACAGCGCCUUUGAGCUUGUAAAGUACAUAUUACAAGAAAAGUUCCCAGACAGCAGAGAAAAGCUCCUCCAUGGCCUAGAAAUAUUGUUGAGUGGGGAUGUGGAGGAAGAUGUUUUUGGAGAGUUAUUGGAGCAAGUAUUAUUAAGUGAAACUUUGAAUAACAUCGAAGCUGAUGUUCUGAUGGUAAUACUCAGAGCUAUAACAGACAAUAAUAUACUAAUACAAAAGUAUAUUAUACAAGUUAUCUCUAAAGCCACAAAUUGUAAUGAUUUAACAAAGAUGGCGACAGAAAUAUUUGUAAAUAGAAUCGGAUUAUUCGAAAAAGAAGCGAUCGAAAAAUUAAUCGUUGAUUUGUUUAAAGUGUUGCAUAAUUUUAAGUCCAACGACAAUAAUAAUGCGGUGGUAGUUUUGACUUUCAUUAACGUUUUAAUGAAACAGAUAGAUUGUGAUCAAUUUAAGAUUAUAAGUUGUUUCAUUGACAUGGAUCCACCCAACUUGCACGUGUUGUCGUGUAUGAGGAGAGAAUUUAAUAUGACCGAAGAAGAUUGUGAGAUUGUAUACACGCAAAAUAAGGAUAGGAUUACGAGACGCUUGUUUGAAGACGAUAUACUCGAUGAUAUUAACGAUAAAUUGGAGUUUUUGACGGAAUUCUCCGACACUUCGCUUCUAAAUGACGAUGCAAUCGAUUUUAUCGUAAAAGUUAUUGACAACGUUUCACAAAACUCAACAGUGAAUAUUCACGACAAUCUAGAAAAAUGCCUCAAACGUAUAAAAAGUAAUCUCACAUCGAUAUCUUUAGAGACGAUAUCUAACAGCAUAAACGGCUGGGUGAAGAAACAUUUGAGUAUUCUUGAAGGCAUUGGAAAACGAUAUAUAGAAAACAAAGAAAAGAAAACUAUGUCCAUCAUGAAAGUCUUUUGUGAAGUAUUUGAAGUCGAAAGUGUGUUGGAGCGAAAACAAAUAUUGAUAGAUACUUUACUCUUUAUAAUAAAUGAACGACAGUCACUAAGUUUCUUUAUGGUGGAACAAAAUUUGAAGGAUCACGUGGAUUGCAUAGACAUCAUGAUGAAGGUCGUUGAUGAUGAUCAGACGAAAGCGAUUUUGAAAGGGGAAGGCUCUGAUUGCCCUCUUAAAAAAGUUGGGAUACAGUUCUGUAAAGAUUUCAUAUCGUUGACGUACAGACAUCUCACACGCAAGCCGUACGUAUUGCUCGACCCUCAGUUGAAGGAUGCCGCGACCCUGUUGAUAGACAUCGUCAAAGAAUCCCUAAAGAAUGGUGACCUAGAAAAUAUAUUGGAAUUAGUGGAUGAGCUCUGGCCAACCUACCUCGGAGUGUCAACGUUUGAAGACAGACACUUCAUUCUUCUCCACCUGUCCCGCUCUGUCGUCCGACUGUCUCCGAAGUCCAAACCCAUGCAGUGGCUGUUGCAGACCCUGGACAGUCCAGACACCAAGACACGGGAGAGGAUAAUGCUUAUAGACGUGAUUCCCGAGGGCGAGGAAUAUAAUUCGGCAUAUUUCAGCAUCGCCUCCCGACUGCCCACGAGAUUGGAUGAAAUCAAAGGAACCCUGUCUUCGUACUUCAGGGGGAUCCUCGAGUCCUUUGCCAGGACUCGCAACACAAAACUACUAGAGAUCAUCAUGAAUUUUGCUUCGAGUGCGGACGCUCGCGGCUGGUGGGACGACGCGAUGACGGUUACGGUGUACGCGCUGUCCGUCCACGAGGACAUGUCCCUGUGCGAGGACAUGUACAGACGCUCCGAGUGCGCGCUCGGCGGCGUCACCAGACUACUCGUGCCGCUGCUGAGGUUCUCAAAGGCAUCAUUUUGCGAGGAGUUCUUCUCGUCGUGUCUCCCGCUGCUGCUACCUCUAUUGGAGAAGAAACCCCGUGCUGCUUCCAUGCACUAUACCUACCAGAAAUACGUUCAAGAUACCAUCAGAGCCUUCACUGUACUAGAGGUUUUGUUCCAAAAGGUACCCCGGCAAAGUAUCGAGUCGCCAAAGUCUCGUUUGUACCACAAAAUCACGGACAAAGUCGGGGACUCUCCGUUUUGGAUCGUGAAGACGGCUUGUAAGUUGGGACUUACGCUCAAAGCCAGCGUCAAAUGUCCAACCGACGCCGAUGACAAGAUGAAAAAUAGUUACAGACUUUUCCACUGCGCGAUCUACAACUGCGUGGUGUCGGCGCUGUGCUGCCGCGACCCGAGCAUCGAUGUGUACGCCACAGUGUUCGACAAGAGGACCUGGCCCGAGCUCAUCGGCACGGACCAUUUGAGCCUACCCAUAAGAUAUCAAUGGAACCGCAACAGCGCGCAUUACACGCCGUCACAGCGAACGCGCACGUCUGGGACGCUCACGCGUACGCUCACACGCACGCAAACGCAUACGCGCACGGAACUCACAAGGGACUUUACGCAUACACUAUCCGAAAAUCCAUUGCAGUACGACCUACAUGAAACUGAGGUUCAAGCACAAGAGGUGCCAGUUGGUGACAGUGCGUUGAACCGUCACGAGUGUUCCGCCGCCCUCAUGAUGGUAGUCCGGAAGGUCGCACCUCAUGAACCUAACCGACCCAUGCAGCUGAUAGCGGCAGCUUUAGCUGAUGAGCUCCACUGUAACGCCAAGUGGCUGCUAGCGCAGGCCAUCUGCAACUGUAAGCAGGAGCUAAAGUCGCACGCCAGCGUCUUGCGGCCGGCGCUGCUCGAUAUCACCGCUAACACAACGACCAACAUGUUUAACUCCGUACAUUUUGAUAUUCUUGAAACUAUAAUAUCUUGGCAUAGCGAAGAAGAACUACCUUCGUCUUGUAUAGAAAACCUCAAUUCCACUAUAAAGCAUUUGAUCACUACCACCCUGGAAUAUAGGAGUUUUGCAGUAGUGAGGAGUCUACUAGAGAAGCUGGAGAAACUGUUAGACAUGUAUCCCAAUGUAGUCACUAUAAGCGGACAGUUCUUUGAAGACAAGAUUGUUGAUUUCCAAUCAGAAACGACGAAGCGGUGUAUUCAAAUUUUGAAACGGAUUACCAAAGCGAAAAUUGACAUACCAGAACUUCUACCUACUGUCAUCCAAGCCAUAGAAGGGAAACGGGUAUCUCCAGACGUCACCGAGUUGUUCGGUCUAGCGUUAGCUAUUUCCCCUAGUACGGAAGUCCAAAAGAAAUUUCGAUCGAUGCUCGAAAAGACGAGGCGAAGUGAUGUGGCCGAGUAUAUCAAGCUGCUAUACUACACACAGAAGGGCUACCCGAAAUGCUGCGAUGAAGCUAAUUUUAGAGUGGUGUCAGAUCUGUUACCAAAGAUAGUUGGUCGCGAGAAAGUAAAGUGCGUUCAAAUCAUUGUGAAAUGCAUCAGCGAGGGAAUAGGUAAAGUUGACAAUCUGCCGCUACAAGAAGUUUUGGCUGAAGAAACUGGACUCGAAUUGCUUACACAUAGUCUGCCUCAAAUUAGCGACAAUGAUAGAAGACAGCUAGUCCUACAAGUUGCGAAUCUAAGCGAUAAUCCCAAACAGAAGGAAACCGUUUUCAAGGUCAUCCUUAAAGCAUUUCAAUUGUUAAUAUCUGAACCGCCGGAACCUGCCUCCAAAAAACUAGCGGAGUCAUCUAAAAUAUGCAGUCUGGUACGAUCUGCAGAUGAUUAUGCUGCAGCCAUUUUACCGCUAGUCGGGAAAGCGUUGAUGAGUGAGACGGAAGAGGUUAGAGUAGUGCAAGAAUACCUGUCCACUGAUUCGAACGUUAGGUUCUGUGAGUGUAUAGCUAUAGCUGUAUACUUUCCUCUCAUAUAUGGAGGAAGUACCAACAUGAGAAGAGCACUGGGCACUGCCCUGCUACUUUACUUCAAUCAAGAUAGACAACAGACCAAACAAUCCACUAUCAAUGACAAAAAUUCAAGAUACAACAUAAAGUUUUCGUCUAGUCUUUCCACAAUGAACGUACGCGAUGUAGAGACGCAAGUCAGCAACACGCAAAUACGUGAACCUAAGUCGCCGGAAGAGGUAUUGGAUGAACUGCUUAAGUAUGCUUUGGAGGACCCCUCAGUCGCGGUAACAAUAUGUACGCAGCUGAUACAGGCACAUCGUGGUACGAAGCGGCCGGGGUUCGACUUCGACGACACCCUGUACGACAUGCUCAGUCAGAUGUUACAGCACGUCUGUGAAGUCACGCCGCAUAUCAUGGAGAUGAUGAUGAUGCUGCGACAUUGGGAGCCGAGUCUGAAACGAACAGUCGACAAACUGAGCAAACUGACCAUAGACUCGGAAGCUCAAGAUCUAUGUAAGCUGUUCAAAGAGGACUUUCAAAUACAUACGCUCGGUCCGGAGCAUCUUGUUAGAGGGUUUCCCUACGAUGGUGACGUCGCGAUGUUACAAGUUGAUGAUGACAUCUCAAGAUUCUCUAUAGACGAUCUCGUCUCUACAUUUGAGAAGCUGUCAGAUUGGGACAACAUUCCGAUACAAGAGAAGAACGAAGUCCGAGCCAAUCUGCCACCCUUAUGGACUAACGUAGCCAAGAUUAAAGAGCAGUUACAAUUGUUUGAUGGUUGCGCGGACGGUCCCACGUGGUUUGACAAAAUGGUGGACGUUUACAAGGGGGGAGACGUCGAUUACAUGUGCUUCAGGCGGUACGACGAGUGGCCGAGGAAGAUGUUCGAAUUGUCCUCCAUGGUGGAAUUAUUGGAUUGGGAAAUACUAAGGACGAAAAGGGAAUGGGAAAGAAAGUCCGAGCUGCCAGUGUUCGUCCAUCCGACGGAGUGCGUCGCCAAGCAGGCCGCUAGACUGUUGAUACGACAAGGAUUCCUCAGUGAAAUGAAGAUGAAGGGACAUAAUAUAAAUGGGCACUUGAUGGCGCUGUGUGAGGUAACCAAUAGGAGCGGCUUGUUCCACGUGACUCGAUCCUGUAUUAAGUAUGCACAAGGAUCUUUGAAGACGCUCGAGUUGGAAAUCGAGGCUUUGAGGGGACUGGCCGAGCAGACGAAUAAUCGACAACUUUUAGAGGAAGCUUACAUUGAACCCGAAAAUCUAACGCUCAAGUUGGAAAAUGUGGAAAAUCCGGACUUCAUAUUCAAAACACAUAACAUCUAUUUACUAGUGAGCAGAGAUUUGAAACGUCUGACUAAAGAUGGUGUGGGAGCAGCGAUAUCCCAGUGUUUGGACAUCACAACAAAUAAAGAAAAAGUCAAACCAGCUUCCCAAUCUUAUUCCGAUUUGUCGUCGAUAACUACUGUAGCCGUCACAUAUUUUGACAGUAUCUGGGAUGAAACUGAUCCGGCAGAAAGGGAUGGGCUACUGAAAACAAUGUGUGACAGUCUAAACGUAUACCUGAACAUGAACCUAGGUGACAAGUGGAAACUUAUAUUAGACAUGAUUAUAUGUAGACUGGACCAUUUUAGGAGCACUCCUAUGAGUGAGGAAACAGCCGUGUGCUUGUUAAACCAGAUAAAACUAGUACCGAACUUGGAUGACUUUUCAAAGGAUCAAAUACUAUCUAACAUAGAUGCGUUCCCAUCGCAUCUGCGCGGUGAGCUUUCCGAGCUACAGGGCGACAGUGAGAUGAUGAUAAAGUUAAAGAAGUGCUUCCAACUGGUCGCUGAUGUUGAGCACCUGUUGAAGGACUAUUGCAGGUGGCUGGGAGACGCUUUGCGGAAUAACGACGAGGCGCUCUGGUGCCAAACUUUCAGUAACAUGAAGGAGAAAAUAUUUGAGAACCCGUACGCCGGUGCCGACUACCAGGUUCUGUACAGAUACAAGAAGACGCUUUAUGAUAUGGAGAAAUUUGAUCCACAAAGCGAGGAGAAUAAAACGAAGUUGUCUGCGAUCGAACGCGAGCUGCGGUCAGACCGCGGCGUACUGCAGCUGCCGCAACUGUGUCCGGAGCUGUUCGCCGCGCCCGAGAGGCCGAGCGUCGCCGUACUACUGGGCCUGCGUAGAGGACUCACCGUCGUGAAGUUCGACAAGAAGGUGACAAUAUUCCCGGGUGCAGUGCGUCGGCCGGCGUUGCUGACGGCGCGUACGCACGACGGCGGCGUGCGGCGCGUGAUCGUCAAGAGCGGCGAGCGCGCGGCCGCACACGCCGCCGCCGUACGCACGCUUGCGUCUAUCACCAGCUUGUAUCCCACCGUUAACGUGCAGACUAACUACACGGUAACGGCCUUGAGUGAAGACUGUGCUCUAAUAGAGUAUUUAGAAGACCGCGUCCGCCUUCGAGACUUGAUAAAAUCCAUACAUCCGAUAGACGAUAUAUUGCGAAACGUCCAAAGAGCUAAGAACAGUGAAUUAAUUCUGUCGCCACAGACUGCGCUUAAUACCUACAACAAAAUAUGUAGUCAGAUACCGCCUAUGAUAUUAAGGUGGGCAAUAGAGUCUACCAGCAUCAGCGUAGAAGACUUUAUAAUAAGAAAGAAGAAUUUCUUGGAAUCGGUCAGCAUUAUGACUAUCGGAACAUUUAUUUUGGGUGUAGGCGAUCGGCACCUCGAGAACAUCCUGUGGAGCGGGCGCGGGGGCGUGUGCGGCGUGGACUGGGCGGCGCUGCUGCAGUACGGCCGCGCCGAACUGCCGCCCGCCCGCCUCUCGCGCGCCGUGCUCGCCGCCGCAGACAUCACAGCGCUGGAGAGUCGUCUGCAGAAGCUGUUGUCGAUACUCCGUGAUAACUGUCAGCUGCUGCUGCCUUCCAUCAGGGUCGGCUUCAAUUGGCUGGGAGAGGAAUUCGAGGAGAAGUACUCGUACAUGGAGAGCCUAAUACGUGGUACGGCGCUGUCCUACCACGUGACACAACAAGUCAUCCAGGCGUCCGACAGACCGUACGCGGACAAGUACGUGCAGCUGCUGGACGAGGUGUUCGCUGACUUCCCGCGGAGGGAGCUGUAUGGAGUCGCAGAACAGGUGUCGAGUAUUCUGCGGCAAAGCACAGAUCCGCGUAUACUCAGCGUGGUACGUUCGGAAUGGGAGCCUUGGAUUUAAACCCCGUGCCUUAUGCAAGUUUAUUUUAUAUUUUAUACCUACUUGUCGUUUAACUCAAGUUGUUGUGCCAUAUUGUUAUUAUGUAUAUUAUCAUAAGGCGUGUAUGCAAAUUAGCUGACAUUUGCGGCUGGCCGCACACACACGUUUUCCGUAUUCGAUUUCCUAAUGUGGAAUUAUGAUUUGGAAUUCCGUGAGACUAGCGCAAAGGUUCUUUUUUUUCACGCGCGAACCCACCAGCUUGCACUUUAAAAAUACGUGCGGAAUUCGACGCGUUCGGAAAAAGUUCGUUUUCUACUGUACUGAUUUCAAUUUUCAUGCAUUCAGAUGAAGAUACGGAAAAAUAAUUAAGAAAUAGAAUACGGAAAACGUGUGUAUGUAGCCUUAAACGCCGGAGUUAUUUUUAUUUUGACAUGAAAAAUGAUACUUGCAUGAGAACGGCAGUAACUGAAAAAGCUGUAUUUAAGUAGCGUUUUAAGAUAUUAUGACGUCAUUAAUUGUAAUUCUGGCCGCACGCUAAAAAUAAUCUUGUUAUCUUGUAUGUAAGCAGUUGUUUUGUUUUGUA